AGUCAUUAUUUUCUCCCUAUUCCAGGAGUCUGCGAGCUGGUAACUUUUCAGAUGAAACCUGGUGGGCCAGCUCUGUGGGGUGACGCAUUUAAAAGAGCGGUUAAUGCCCAUGUCGAUCUAGGCUACUCAAAACUAGUUGGAGUUUUCCAUACAGAAUAUGGAGCACUCAACAGAGUUCAUGUUCUUUGGUGGAACGAGAGUGCGGAUAGCCGAGCAGCUGGGAGACACCAGUCUCAUGAGGAUCCCAGAGUUGUGGCAGCUGUUCGGGAAAGUGUCAAUUACCUAGUGUCUCAGCAAAAUAUGCUUCUGAUUCCUACGUCAUAUUCACCAUUGAAAUAGUUUUCCGUGGAAAUACAAAGCAUUGCAUGAACUGCCAUAAGACGUGUCUGUUAACGGUGCUUAAAUUCUUCCAAGAGAUUCUCACUUUUAUUUGGAGGAGGUGGUAAGCUAAUUUGCUAUGUCCCUUGCAUUUCUUAAAAGCUACUCUCUAGCCACUGUCACCACCACUUCAGGAAACAGUCUGUUCAUUUUCCCCUUGAUAUUUCAGUACCUGUCACACAUUAAAAAUAGUGGCCAUUACUACAGUAUCUUGAUU